AUGACAACGCAACAUCCUGAUAUUACUUUUUACACUUUUGGAACUCCUAAUGGGCAAAAAGUCAGUAUCACUUUAGAAGAAUUAGGAAUCCCUUAUAAAACUUAUCCGGUUGCAUUAAACAAAAAUGAGCAAAAGGAACCAUGGUUUUUGAAAAUAAACCCGAAUGGAAGAAUUCCCGCAAUUGUCGAUCACUCUCGCAACGACUUUAAAGUAUUCGAGACCGGUGCAAUAAUGCGAUACUUGUGUGAGCAUUAUGAUAAAGAAGGAAAAUUUCUUCCAAAAGAUGCGGACUUACGAUGCGAAGUUGAUCAAUGGGUAAUCGAAACUCGAUUAGAGGGUAGACAAUACCUUGUCGGUGACUCAUUGACAAUAGCCGACAUCGCAAACUUUACGUGGAUUGCCCAUCACGCGCUGAUUGGCAUCACAUUAGACGAAUAUCCAAAUAUCGCCGCUUGGCUAGACCGCAUGUACGCAAGAGAGGCCGUAAAACGUGGUCUGGAGGUACCAGAAAAAAGCAAGUAUCUUGAAGAGGGAAGAGAUCCUAAGAAGGCGGAAGAGAUAGCGACGGAAGUUCGAAAAUGGAUUGAGAAAGCUGAGACUAAGAUUUAG